AUGGGUGUCCUGCAGCUCGUGACCAUCACAACCCUGACAGUGGGGAAGAUACUUCUCUGCUCCUUUGUAGGCAUUUGUGUCUCAAGGUACUUCGUUGAGCCGGAACAGAGCGUCAAGGGACUCAGUGCAAUCUCGCUUUUUGUUUUCCUCCCAUGUCUUUUAUUCUCCAACCUUGUCCUGCAGGUUACCUGGAUGGAGUUGGAGCAGUACUACUGGGCUCCCGUCUUAGCCUGUGUCCCCACCAUUAUUGGGUUUGCUUGCUCACAGGCAUUUAAGCUCUUUCUCCACCCGGAGUGGCACGGCGUACUUACCGUGGGGUGUACGUUUCAAAACGGCCUUACAUUUGCUUUGGCAAUUUUUUUAACUAUAAAAGGUGUAUCGUGGCUGACACCGGAUGCCAGGCAGCGGGGGCUAUCCUACGUUUUCCUGUACAACGUCGUCUGCUCCCUCGGACUAUGGUCCGUGGGGGAGCCUAUCAUAAGACAUUGUAAGAAGCGGCUGCUGCUGGAAAGACUGCAGCGUCGGCAGCUGCAACAACGCACCAGAGAAGAAGAAAGAAGUGAGAUGCGGGAACAAAUGAAUACUGUCGGUAAUGCCUCAGCUGUUCACUACCCUUAUGCGCAAAACCAAUCCCCGGGCGCAAAUGGCACAUCAGCGGAAGGAGCAGGAGAGGAAGCCGCAGAGAACCCUGCAGAAGGGAAUUCAAAUUCCACGGUCCCUAAGCAUGAUGUAAAAGGGGAAGCAAGGAUGGCAGCUCCGGAAGAGCAGCUUGCGUGGUAUCGUCCAGGGGACAAUGAAGCUGCAAUUCAGCCUGGCUGCUCAGGUCGUGCAUCUUCUGCUUUCCGAGCUGCGCUUGCACGUGUGUGGGCGCUUUUAAAGACCCCGCCGAUAGCUGCCACGCUUGGAGCUCUGGUUAUUUCAUUAGUACCGCCACUGCGUUGGUUGGCGGAGUCGCCCGUGGGUGAGACGCUUAUUGGUGGAAUGAAAUUAAUAGGGGCGGGAGCGAUACCGCUUCAGCUUCUGUUACUUGGUUGCAUCGUUGCAUCUGCACGCAAGCGUCCCUCCAAGGGUACUAGAGCUGGAACAACAGCAAGCGAAGAUGAAGGGGAAUCUCCAUGUGAAAAUAACAACGCGGAUACGCCGAAGGGAUACAUUGAUUGCUGUCCCUUGUCCCAGUCGACGCUUUUUGCGAUUCUGACGGUGGUUCUGCGACUUAUCUUAGUUCCGAUGGUUUGCUUUGCAAUAAUACAUUUUCUUCACAAGGGAAACGUUAUUCCGUCGGAUCGGGCUUUCUUACUCGCCGUCUUGUUGGGAUCGUGUGCCCCUUCUGCCAUAAAUUCUUCUCUUAUUUGUUCCAUGCACGCCUACAAGUCUCGACCGUAUACGCGGAUGAUAUUUAUCAUGUACGUCUCCGCUAUCCCAACCACGGCGGGGUGGCUCGCAUUUUAUAUCUGGUACCUUGGCGCGUGA